ACAACUGGAACAUGCAUGCUUGCCCGAUGAAGAAGGAAUCAAGAGGAAACCAAAAUCUGAUAGCUAGCUCGCCAAUGAUACUGAGAAUCACUAGAUAAAUGUGUCACACCAACAGUGAGCGCCAAAACUGCCACAUUCAUGAACUCCCAUUUAAACUGAGGACUAAAAAGACUUUCCUUCAAGAACAUUAAACUGAGUACUAAAAGAGUUCCCAUAACAGAACUUGGAAGAGUAUUACACAUAGCAGGUUCAUGAUGAGCUUCUCUAUAAAUUAAGACAUAUUACAUGUCGAUCUCUUCAUGUCCUGCAGCCACUGCACAGUGCACACACUCCCUGUAAGAAUGGCAUUCUGGUUCUUGCCGGAACUACUCAUCCCCAUACUUGUUGUGCUACUCGUAGUUCUAUCCUUACACAUCAAGUCUACCAGAUCAAAGAAUUCUCUGCCGCCACCGCAGAACUGGCCAAUAGCCGGCAUUCUCCCUUCCCUCGUCGUCAACCUCCACAGGCUCCAUGAUUACAUUGCCGCUGUCCUACCUUCCACGGGGAACAGCUUCAUGGCGCCCAUAGCCAGCACCACGCGUUUCUUCGUGACCUGCGACCCAGCUAAUGUCCAGCACGUCUUCACCUCCAACCAUGCCAACUAUCCCAAGGGCGAGGAAUUUGCCCAGAUCUUCGACGUCACGAGUGGCUCCCUCUUCACCGCUGACGGCGAAUCCAGCCGCCGGUUGCGAGCGAGGUACCAGAGUGUUCUGAGCAGCCCACGGUUGCUCGCCUCCAUGGCCAACUGCUGCCACGACAAGGUGGAGAAAGGCCUCUUGCCCUUCAUGGCCCGCAUGGCGAGAACCGGUGCUCCGCUCGACAUAAAUGAUGUGGUGUCGAGGCUUGUGUUCGACCUGUAUGCCACAACGGUCUUGGGCGUGGACCCCUGCCGCCUGUCCCUCCUCGACAUGCCGCCCAUGCAAGUCGCGGAUGCCAUGGACACGGUCAUGGAGGUGGGCUUCGUCCGGCACAUCGUACCACUGUUUUGCUGGAAGCUGAUGAGAUGCCUAAUGGUCGGCCCUGAGAGGAGGCUUGCAGCUGCGCAAGGGGUGCUUCGCCGGUUCACACUGGAGAUGGUGGAGAGGAGGAGGAAGACGGUCUGCAGUAUUGGCCGUCUGGAAGAAAACGAAGAAGAACAGCAAGCAAGGGUGACUUCAUCAUCCGUUGUUGACAUUCUGUCCAACUAUGUCAAUGACCCAGAGUACUACGAAAACGACGAUCAUUUGCUCCAGGCAACACUCAUCACCUACAUGAUCGCCGGGAGGGACACCAUCGGCACAACCUUGCCGUGGGUCUUCUACAACCUCGCCAAGAACCCGCACGUCGUGUUGGGCAUCCGCAACAAACUUGCACCCAUCGCGUCGACCCGCAAAGCAGCCGCCCCCUUCGAUGCAGGUGCCAUGAUGGUAUUUGAGCCAGAGGAGCUCAAACCCCUGGUCUAUCUGCAGGCCAGCUUAUUGGAGUCCAUGAGGCUGUACCCGCCAAUCCCAAUCGAACGUGAGAUAAUGGUCAGCAGCGACGUGAUGCCGAGUGGCCAUGAGGUGCGUGCUGGUGACAUUGUCAUCAUUUCCCUCUACUCCAUGGGUAGAAUGGAGGAUCUGUGGGGCCCGGAUUGCCAGGAGUACAACCCGGAGAGAUGGCUAUCAAAGGAUGGAGGCAAGCUGCGGCACGUGCCGUCUCACAAGUUCCUAGCGUUCAACUCGGGGCCAAGGAUGUGUCUUGGCAAGGACAUCGCCAUCAGUCAGAUGAAGACCAUCGUCGCUGCUGUGCUGUGGAACUUCGACGUGGUGGGAGUACUGCUGGAUGGUCAGCAGGCUGUGGAGCCAAAGCUGUCGUGUCUGCUGCAAAUGAAGAAUGGGCUCAAACUUAAAGUCCAGAAGCGAGAAAUGUAAUGUCUUUU